CCACAGGCUGCUGUUGAAAACUGAAGAACGCUGCUGCUUGCUGUCACAACAAACUCCUGCUGCAACAGCUGUGUCUUUGGAUCUCUAACUCUGUCGCCAUGUGUAAAGGACUCGCAACUCUUCCUGCAACGUGCCUGAAAAGUGCCAAAGACAUCAAGCACAAAAUAAGCUUCUUACUGCAGAAGCCUGAACCUCAAGCUGCAGAUCAGAAGCAGACGAAGGAGAAGAACGUUGCUGCUGCUGCUGCUGCUGUGAAGAGAGUUCCGACUGCAACCGAGGUGAAGCAAUGGAAAGAGUCCUUCAGCCACGUCAUGAACAGUGACACCGGUCGCUGGGUCUUCCGCAGCUUCCUGAGGUCGGAGUUCAGCGAGGAGAACAUGGACUUCUGGCUCGCCUGUGAGGAAUACAAGAAGACCGGAGCCUCCAAGCUGGUGACCAGAGCCAAGGACAUCUACCGGCAAUACGUGGAGGCCGACGCCCCUAAUGAGGUGAACUUGGACGCGGCCACCAGAGAGGACACGAGGCAGAACGUGGAGCACGCCUGCCCGUCCUGUUUCGACGAGGCCCAGAGGAGGAUCUACGUCCUGAUGGAGAAAGACUCCUACAGACGCUUCCUCAACUCCAAGCUGAUCCAGGAUCUGCCUCAGAAGAACGAGAUGAAAAACUGGGACUAUGCGAAGAACACGCAGGCGUUAAGUGGUGGUGCCUAAACGUAUAGUGGGAAGAAGGGAAGAAGAAGACAAGACUGAAAACGUACAAGAGACGCUGAUGGAGAUCUGUUUGUGUUCAGAGUUUAGAAGAAUCAGAGGUUCAGAAGGUGACGUAAGAAAAGUUCACGAGGUCCAGAUUUCAUUUCUCUUUUUUUUAUAAAUUUCAUUAAUUCCUGGAUGUCUUUGGUCCUUUAAGGGUUUUGCCGUGUCAUGUCCACUGUUUGUGCAUGUGUCCCCCCCCGUCCCCUGUGUCUGAUUUAACUCUUUCAUAUAUCAAGUCAUGAUAUAUAUAUAAAUACACAUGAGGUUUAAACAUUUGCUUCUGCAUCAAAACAAACUUACGCUACCUCCGCCCGACGGAGACGCCUCCACACAAACCUCCUGUCCUCUGUGUCCCGAUAACGACUGUGUGAGGUUGUUACGUCUGUGAAAUGUAAAGAGUGACUCGACGCCUACAUGGAUAAAUGUUCAGUGUCUUACCCAUCAGUGUUAAUGUGUGGUAUUUAUGAGACUGUAUAUUUAUACAUUUUAAAAAAAUAAAGAAGAACACGAAUAAAGCAGAGCAGCUGAUGUGGACGUGUUUAUUUGUUCUAACAACACUGGCAUAGUCUUUUUCUCUCUGUGCUAUAGAGCUGCUGAGGAUGUUAAUGAACAACCUGCAGUAAAUCUCAUCAUUUAAAUAACUGUUCAAUUCAAUGGCUUGUGGCAAACUCAGAACUAUCCUACGCAGUUUUUAUUAAAUGAAGUUAUUGUCGUAUCAAAUCUGUGACUAUCAACGAAUAAAGUCAUGUGAUGGAU